AUGGAGGCCAAUAUGGUCGUCGUCGAACCUGCUUUACUUGAAAAGAUCGACAAACUAUUUGCUUGCAAUGUGGGAGAAUAUAUCAACCUACCGCAGUUGGUGGUGGUCGGAGAUCAAUCCAGUGGGAAGAGCUCUGUUCUGGAGGGAUUGACAAAACUGAAAUUUCCCCGAAAUAGUGGUCUAUGCACCCGUUUCGCAACACAGAUCAUAUUUCGAAGAGAUCCGAGCUUGAAAAUAAGGAAGAUAUCUGGCUCUAUUAUCUCGACUAGUGGCAAUGAAGGAAAGGGAAAAUCGAGUUGGUGUAUAUCAGAUAUUGAAAUACUCAAUGAGAGAGAGUUUGAAAUUAUGAUGAUUGAGGUUCAUAUAGCCAUGGGCCUAUCAACUUCGGCAGAAGACAACUUGCCCACUUUCUCCUCUGACGUGCUUCGACUAGAGAUUCAUGGGCCCCAUGAAAAUCACCUCAGCGUCAUUGAUGUUCCUGGAAUCUUUAAGACAACCACAUCGGGU